AUGUCUGAUACCGAAUUUACUCUCAACACUGGCGCUAAGAUUCCUGCUCUCGGUCUGGGAACAUGGCAGUCUGCUCCCGGUGAGGUCAAGAAUGCUGUUUCGCACGCUCUAAGGGUCGGCUACAAGCACAUUGACGCUGCUUACGUCUACGGUAAUGAAGAUGAAGUUGGUCAAGGUCUGGCCGAAGGCUUCAAGUCGGGCAUCAAGCGCGAGGAUAUCUUCGUUACCACCAAGCUUUGGUGUACAUAUCACUCGCGGGUAGAGGAGAACCUCGACCUCAGUCUAAAAUCCCUGGGUCUUGAUUACGUCGAUUUGUACCUUAUGCACUGGCCAGUCCCCAUGAACCCAAAUGGCAACGACCCAAAAUUCCCCAAACUCCCCGACGGCUCGCGCGACCUCGACAAGUCCUGGUCAUACACCCAAACCUGGAAAGAAAUGGAAGCUGUGCUCAAGACCGGCAAAACAAAGGCCAUCGGUGUCGCCAACUUCUCUGUCCCUUUCCUGGAAGAAUUGAUGAGGGAAGCCAAAGUCACUCCCGCUGCUAACCAGAUUGAAAACCACCCUUAUCUUCCUCAACAAGAGAUUGUGGAUUACUGCAAGGAGAAGGGAAUCUUGAUUACUGCAUACAGUCCUUUGGGUAGUACUGGUUCGCCUCUGUUCCAGGAGAAGGAGAUUCAAGAGGUUGCGAAGAAACAUGAUGUCUCGCCUGGUACUGUUCUCUUGAGUUACCACAUCGCUCGCGGUAGUUCUGUCAUUCCCAAAUCGGUGACACCAUCGCGUAUCGAGGAGAACAUGAGAUUGAUCAAGCUCGACUCGGAUGAUGUCAAGGCACUCGACAACAUCUCAAAGACACACCCGCCCAACCGCUUUGUGUAUCCUGCCUUUGGCGUCAACCUCGGUUUCCCAGACAAGCAAUAA